AUGAAGAGAUUUGGACAAGUUCUAAUCUUGAUUUAUUGGAUAACUCUAAUACAACAUUGUAAUGCAGCAUCAAAUUCUCUAAUUGUUUCGAAUGCAGCUUGUACUUGUUCUCAACUUUUAACAGAAAAAGAAUGUAGAGAACGAUUAUGCUAUUGGAACAACAAUAAGUGUUCCAAAAUAACAAUAAACCCUACCAAUUAUUGUGAAUCAAUAAAAUUAGAAGAAUGCAAAAGUACAGCUGGUUGUGCUAGUGUAUCAGAGAAAUGUGUUUCAUUUUCAGGAUGCAAUGCCUACUAAUAUCCAACGAAUGAGACUUGCUAAAACAUUUCAAUUACAUGUACAACAGAUGGAGAAUAAUGUAUAGAAUUAGAUAAGUGUAGUAAUUACACAAAUAAGGUAAGUUGUGUAAAAGAUGAAAACGGGAAGUUUUGCUAUUGGAAUGCUGAAAAAGGUUUAUGUUAAUUACCAACUACGUGUGAUCUAUUACCAAGUUCUUUGAAUUCAGAUACCUUAUGUAGGGCAUAGAUUAAUAGUUGUACAAUUAAAGAUGGGGGUGGAUGUGAAAUAAGUGGAGAAAAAUGUGAGAAUCAGAAACUUGAAGGAUCAUGUAUUUCAAGUCUUGAUUAAAAAAAGUUAUGUAUUUGGGAUACAAAUCAAUGUAAAGAGAAAACAUGUUUAAAUGCACCUUCUACUAAUAUAACUCAUGAAUUAUGUUCAAAAUAUUUACCAACAUGUACAGUAAAUGAUACACUAAAUGGAUGUUAAGAUAUACCAGUCUCAUGUACAGCUUCUAAAAUUUAAAACAAUUGCGUUACUAAUAGCAAUGGAUAAAAUUGUUAUUGGAAUAAAAACAAUUCAAAAUGUGAAGAUAAAAAUUGUGAUAAUGCAACUGAUGAGUAUUAAAGUCAUGAUUAAUGUUAAUAGUGGCUUCCUUCAUGCACAGUUAAAUCUGGAGGAAUAGGUUGUUAGACUAAAUCUACUGAUUGUACUAAAUAUACUUCUCUAAAUUAAUGUUUUAAAACUUUAUCUGGAGAUGAUUGUUUUUGGAAUGAAUCAAAAUGCUUAUUAAAAUCUUGUGAAAAUGCUCCAUCAGCUAAUAUCAAUGAUGAUAUGUGUUCUACAUUUUUACCAACAUGCACUGUUCAAACUGACUUAACAGGUUGCGAAAAGAAGAAAGCUACUUGUUCUCUUUAUACAAAUUAAGAUCAAUGUGUAUCAUAAUUUGAUGGCAAAUUAUGCAUAUUUUAAAAGGACUUGUGUAUUGAGAGAAUUUGUAACAAUGCUUCUGAAGAACUCACUAAUGAAUAGGAAUGUAAAUCUUUUUCGCCUACUUGUAUGGUCAAAUCUGAUUACAAAGGAUGUAUUUUACAAGAAUGUAAAAAUAUCUAAACUAAAGAAAAUUGUAAAUCAGAUUACUAGAAUAAAUAAUGUUAUUAUGGAUUAUAAUGUUAAUUGAGAAGCUGUGAUAAUGCUCCUACUACAUUUAAAACAGAUGCAGAAUGUAGAGAGUUUUUGAAUUCAUGCACAGUUAACUAGGAACUUAAAGGAUGUAUUGAGAGACCAGAAUCAUGUGAUAAAUUGAAUGAAUCAUAAUGUUCUAUGCUAAGUGAUAAGACAACAAAAUGUAGUUGGAAUGAUAAUGACGAAAAUAAUAAAGCAUGCAGAUUAUUAGAUUGUUCAGAUAUAGCACCAGCAUCAUAAACAAAUGAAACUUGUAGUAACUUUGAUUAAUCUUGUACAGUUGCUGAGAAUCCAAGCACUUGUAUGUUGAAACCAUUAGGUUGUUCAUUAAUGCUAAACAAAGAACAUUGUUAAAGUGUAGUUCUUUCAGAUAUGAAAUCAACUUGUAGUUGGGAUAAUGAAAAUUCUCUCUGCAGAGAUCGUUAAUGUUCAGAUGCGGAUUAAAAUAUUAAAACUUAUGAUGAUUGUAGAAGAUAUUUAGGAAUUUGUAUAUUAAGCCCAACAGGAAGUGGAUGUGUCAAUGAACCAACAACAUGUAAAGGUUACAAAUCAAAAGAGGUUUGUCAAAAAUUAGUUUCUAAUCCUAAUAACAUAAUUUUAUGUGGAUGGAAUGGAUGUGAAAGUAGAACUUGUUUGAAUGCACCUGUUUUGACAUCUGGAUCCUUAUAUACACAUUCCUUAUGCAAUAAAUAUUUAUAGUCAUGUACAGUUAAUCCUGAAUAAACUGGUUGCAUUCCUCAAUUCACAUCAUGCGAAUAAAUUAAUAAUCUAUUUCAAUGUAAUGAAACUAUCUUAUUAAGUGGAGCAAGAUGCUAUUAUGAUGUUUCAACGGAUCCUUAUUUCUGUAGAGAUUUUAAAUGUGUUGAUGAAACUUAAUCAUUAAUGACACAUGAAACAUGUUAGGCUUUAAGUAAUCAAUGUACACUUGGCGAAAGUGGUUCUGGAUGUGUUGAUUUACUAAGUUCAUGUGCAGAAAUUAAAGACGUGUAGUAAUGUGAAGGAACUAUACUGACAUUCAAUCGUAGAUGUAGUUGGGAUACUGAUCCUAACCCAGGUACUGAAUCUUCAAUUCCAGUUUGUAAGGAAAGAGAAUGCAAAUUUAGUCCUACCAAAGAUACAUCAACUGCUUGUGAAAAUUAUUUAACAACUUGCACUUUAGGUGAUUUAGAGAAAGGAUGUAUUGAUAAACCUACAUAAUGUAAUGGUUUAGAUUAAAAACUAUGUAAUAAUGUAAAAUUAGUUGAUGGAACAUAUUGUUCAUUUGAUAGUACCAUAGUUGAGGAAAAUUUAUAAUGUCAUGCUAGAAUUUGUGCAGAUGCUCCUACAAAAUAUUAGACUGAUGCUGAAUGUAGAACAUGGCUUCCUAAUUGUACAGUAAAAUCUGAUGAAUCUGGAUGUGUUAAUGAACCUAGUGAUUGCACAUAGAUGUUGAAACUAUAAUGUUCUAAAUAAUCUUAAAAAGGAUAAACUUGUUUUUGGAAUGCUAAUGCUAAUCCUGCUAGUUGUAGAGUAGCUUUAUGUACUGAUGCAAGUACAAGUGUAUAUAUAACUGAUGCUCUUUGUAGAACAUAUAGAUCUGAUUGUACAGUUGCUAAAGCGAAUGGAUGUAUUACAUAACCAACUUCUUGUGCUUCUUUGGAUUAAGAUCAUUGUCCUAAAGUUACUGUCAAUGCAGCUAAUAAAGAAGUUAGUGAAAAUAAAUGUAGUUGGAAUCUCUCAACGUCAGCAUGUCAAGAUAGAGUUUGCAUUGAUGCACCAAACUCUAUUAACACUGAGGAAGAUUGUAGAAAAUGGCUUAAAACUUGUACGCUUGGAUUAACUAAUUAAGGAUGUAUUACUGAAUAGACCUCAUGUGAUUUAGUUUAAACCUAAAAUUAAUGUUCAGUUUUAUCUAAUGGUACCAAAUGUGGAUGGAAUACAGGUUGUGUUAAUAGAACCUGCUCUAAUGCUCCUGAUACUUAUACUUCUGAUGAGCAAUGUAGAACUUAUCUUCCAAUUUGCACUGUUUAAGCAGAUGGAACUGGUUGUGUUAUUAGAGCAUCUAAGUGUGCUGAUAUUUUAGUUGAUAAAUAAUGUAUUAAGGUUAAUGAUUAUAAAUUAUGCUAAUGGAAUUCAACAAAAUUGAAAUGUGAAGAUAGAGCAUGUACUAAUGGUCCAAUAACAUUAAUAAAUCAUGAGAUGUGUCAUUAAUUCUUACCUACUUGUACAGUGAAGGCAAGUGGUAUUGGAUGUUAAACUUUAUUUGAUAAAUGUUCUACUUAUACCAUAGAUAAACAUUGUGUAAUAACUUCAUUGAAUACGGAUUGUCAAUGGAUUAUGAUUUCUGGGACGGGAUAGUGUGUAGAUAUCUUUGAAGCUUGUUCAUCGUAUGGAAUUGAAGGAGCUUGCACAGUUUAAAAGAAUAAUUAAAAAUGUAUAUGGUUAAAUGGAUCAUGUUAUAACAGAGAGUGUGAACAUGCACCAAAAUCAUAUUCAACUCAUGAGUAAUGUUAAGAAUAUGGUAAUUGUACAACAAAUGGUUAAGGCUGCAUAAAUUAUAUAGGCUGUGAUUAAUAUAAAUAUUCAUCAAGUUGUGUGUAAGGAAUUGAUGGAAAGUGUACUCUUGUUAAUUAAUGUUAAAAUAUUAGUUGUGACUUAGCUCCAUCAACUUAUAAGAAUCAUUCUGAUUGUUAAACAUUUCUUCCCACAUGUACAACAAAUGGAAGUGGAUGUGUAUCAAUAAAGAGAUGUUAAGAUGUUUAUGUAGAAGAAGGUUGUAAGUUUAAUGUUGAUAAUAAAGAGUGUGCAUGGAUGAAUGGAAAGUGUUAUGAUAAGAGUUGUGAUACUGCAGAUGUAUCUAUUCAAUCUGAAAAAGGAUGUAGUGAUUAUUAUCCUGAAGGAAAUUGUACUACUAAAAAAGGAGGAGGGUGCGUUUCAAAAGGAAAGUGCAAAGAUGCAUAAAUAGAAACAGCUUGUACUACUUAAUUUGAUGGAUAAAAAUGCUCAUGGUAAAAUGGAACAUGCUAAUUAAGAUCAUGUACAGAUUUAUUGGGUUACGAUCAUAUUACAUGUAAUACAGCAUAAGCUGAUUGUACAACUGAUGGAUUUUAAUGUACAAUGAUGAAAACAUGUUCAAACACUCUAAUUGAAUAAGCAUGUAUCUAAGGAACAGAUGGACCAUGUAGAUGGAGUUAAGGAAAGUGUUAUAAAUAUACAAAAUGUACAGAUCUUAUAUUUACUACACAUGUUCAAUGCAAUUCUAUACAUCCAUAAUGCACAACCAAUGGUACAUAUUGUGUUGCUAUAACUAAGUGUUCCAAAACACCUAAGGUUGCUUGUUUUGUAGGUAUCACCAAUAAUGAGAUUGGUAAAUGUAUUUGGACGCCUACUUCAGUAAAAGCAUCAGCUUCUCAUUAAUGUAUAAGUUUCCUUGAUUGCACAAAUACUUUAUAUCUUAAUCAUAAUGAUUGUUAUUCUUACUCACUUGGUUAGUGUACUAGUGAUGGUGUGUAUGGCUGUAUUAAAUUAGAUAAUUGUAUAAAUUAUAAAGUCUAAUCAGCAUGUUUUAUUGAUAAAUCUGGAGUUACAAUUAAUUCUGCUGGUGCAAUCACAUAAACAGGUAAAUGUAAAUGGUCUGUUGACAAAUGUGUUGCUUAAGGUUGUUCUGAUCUUAAUGGAUCUAGUCAUGCUGAAUGUAAUAGCUAAAUGGUUACAUGUACAUAUAAUGGAAAGAAUUGUGUAGUAUAAGGUACUUGUAGUGCUUUUACUACUAAUGAUUCAUGCACAGUUGCAACAGGAACAGAUGGUAAAUGCUUUUGGGAUAGUAGUGUUUGUUAACCAAUGAAAUGUGAAGAUUAUCCUAUUACUUUGUGUUCACUUUAUUCAUCUACAUGUAUUUAAGAUGGAUCUACUUGUGUUUAACUUAAGGAUUGUUCAUAGUAUAAAACAUAAACAGCUUGUGAUUAUGGUAGUCCAAAUAGUGUAUGUGCUUGGAUUAUUACAACAACGAAUAAUAAAGGGAAAUGCGUUGAAGUCACUACUUGUACAAUAGCUACGGUUUAUGAAAAGGCAUGUAAGAGAUUAUCAGAUAGAUGUUAUUGGUAAACAAUAACAGUUGCAAAUUCUACUGAACACAUCUGUGCUCCUAAAACUUGUGAAAUAUAAACUAGUACAACAUGUACAGGAUUUUAUGAUUGGUCUCUUAAAACAUAUACUGUCUGUUAAUUUAGUCCUCAGGGUAAAUGCAUAUCAACUGAUCCAACUAGCUUAUAAUAAAAUGUUUGUCCAAUAUCUACCUUAUAUUAAUACACCUGGAACCCAACUACAAAUAAAUGUGCCAUUUGCAAUUCAGUCUAAACCAAUAAUACGACUCAAUAAAAUUAAUCAAAUACAACUCAAGAUAGUUCAGCUCUCAUCUUAUCCAUUAUUGUAUUUCUUGCCUUAGCUAUUUGAUUAUCC